AUGGCCGUCGUUGAAGCAGCACCGCCGCCGUCGGCCGAAGCGGCCGGGCUGGCCGAUCAGCUGGCCCAAAAGGAGAUGGAUUAUAAUGAACUCCAAUCGCUCUUCACCAAGUACAAGCUGAAGCAGAAGGUGAAGUAUGACAAACUGCGCGACGAGGUGAUGGCGUACGUGAAGAAGACGGGCGCAUCGGCGGAGAAAGAGAACAACGCCGCGCUCAUGAUUCGGAUCUCGGAGACGGAGCUGAAGCUAGAGGAGGCCGAGAGAAGAGCCGAAACUCAUGCACGCGAGCUGCAGAGGCGCCAGACCCAGAUCAACGACCAGAUCAUUGUGAUUAGGAACCUGGAGAGCCAGCUUCGCUCCCGAAGGCCGCUGUCCGACAUCGAACGCAGCGAGCGGCGCCGGAUGAACGAGAUGAUCGACAUGGACAGCAUUCAGGCGCAGAUGACGUACAAGGACGAGCGAAUUGUCGAGCUGAACAACGUUAUCCUGGAGCGCGAGCGGCAGAUUUUGGACUUGCAAGAAUUG